UUUUUUGUAGUACCGAUCAGUUGAGAUCCAACCGCUGCCCACGAUCGCCAUUCUCUCUGUCGCCUUCUCUUUGCUGCUGGGCAUUCCAAAAAUUUAAUUAUUUCGGUUUUUUGCAUUCUAACCUAAUUCCCCAACAAACGCCCAGUCAGCAUGGAACGUUCGGCCAUCUCGACCCUGGUCAGCCCCUACCGCCGGCGUCCAUGGAUGACGGAGAAUGGAGCUGCGGCCGCUGCCGGCGGUCAGGUGGGCCUCAAGGGCAUCGUAGCCGGCGGCAUUACGGGCGGAAUCGAGAUCUGCAUCACAUAUCCCACCGAGUACGUGAAGACUCAACUGCAGCUGGACGAGAAGGGAGCGGGCAAGAAGUACAACGGUAUCUUCGACUGUGUCAAAAAGACCGUGCAGCAGCGCGGCUUCCUUGGUCUCUACCGAGGUCUCAGUGUGCUCGUCUACGGCAGCAUUCCAAAAUCGGCGGCAAGGUUCGGUGCCUUCGAGUUCCUAAAAUCGAAUGCCGUGGACUCUCGCGGUCAACUGAGCAACUCCGGAAAACUACUCUGCGGCUUGGGAGCUGGUGUCUGCGAGGCCAUUGUGGCCGUUACCCCGAUGGAGACCAUAAAGGUGAAGUUUAUCAAUGACCAGCGCAGCGCCAAUCCCAAGUUCAAGGGAUUCGCCCACGGAGUUGGUCAGAUUAUCAAGGCGGAGGGCUUUUCGGGCAUUUACAAGGGCCUGACGGCCACCAUUCUGAAGCAGGGCUCCAACCAGGCCAUCCGCUUCUUUGUGCUGGAGUCGCUCAAGGAUCUGUACAAGGGCGAUGAUCACAAAAAGCCGGUGCCCAAGCUGGUUGUGGGUGCGUUUGGAGCCAUCGCUGGAGCAGCCUCGGUGUUUGGCAACACACCACUUGAUGUGGUCAAGACGAGGAUGCAGGGCCUGGAGGCCUCCAAAUACAAGAACACCGCCCAUUGUGCACUGCAGAUCCUGAAGAACGAAGGUCCGGCUGCCUUCUACAAGGGCACAGUGCCGCGAUUGGGACGUGUGUGUCUGGAUGUGGCCAUCACCUUCAUGAUCUACGACUCCUUCAUGGAUCUGUUCAACAAGGUGUGGGUGUAACCGCAACUGGCGAUCGUGCGACUUAGUUACUUAGUUCAUCCCCUCCCCAAAGUCCAAUCCUGCAUUUCUAUCUCUGUUCCCCUUGACCUAGUCGGCUGUUGCAAUAGUUUUUAGACCCGUGGCAUAUUCCAAGAAGGCAUUUUUAUACCCUGUAUACAUUAAUGGUAUAUGGCUAAAAAAUUAUACAGCUUUUUUAAAUAUUGCAUUAAAUUUGAAGUAUCUGUUUGAAA